GUCCCCAAUCAGCCAACCACAUGGCUGUAAUUCCGGGACUUUUGGUAGACCAAUGACUAGAAAGCAUCAGGAUAUUCUGGUAAACUGUUAUCUGAGGAUGAAAUAGAACCAUUAGAGAUCAAGGCAGUUUUCUUCCUUAAGAAACUACCCAAGGCAUCACAAUAGAGUCUUCUGCUGCUUCCUCAGCUACUUGCAGAAAAGGUGAAAAAUGGUGGAGACACCUGAGAUCAUGCACCCUCCAAGAGCUCCAAAUGGCACCCUUGAUAGAAAGGGGAGAAUGACAGCCUGGCCCUUCUCUAGGCUGUGGAGAGUCUCCGGUUCAACUCUGUUCCAAAUGACUGUGGUGGCUGCUCUCCUGGCUACUGUUCUUGGUGAUUGUGGUCCUCCACCCAAUUUAAACUUUGCCUUUCAAAUGGAAAAGUUCAAUGAGACAAGCUACAAAGAAAGAACUCGUGUGCACUAUAGCUGCCGCCCUGGCUUCUUUAAGACCAGUUCAAGAACUUAUAUUACCUGUGAAAAUGGCGAGUGGCGGUACGAUACCUUCUGUGUCAGGAAAAAAUGCAGCAACCCAGGAGAAUUACGUAAUGGGGAAGUGAUCUUGAAGCCAGAUUACUCUUUUGGAUCUCAUGUAGAAUUCAACUGCUUAGAAGGAUAUGUCUUAAUAGGCUCACCCAUUAGUUAUUGUGAGAUCCAAGAUAGAAAUGUUGGCUGGAGUCAUCGUUUCCCACAAUGUGAAAUUGCCAAGUGUAAAGCUCCUCCAUCCAUCAGCAAUGGGAGGCACAAUGCUGGAUAUGAAGAUGUCUACCCAUAUGGCUCUUCUGUCACCUACAGUUGUAACCCCCGCUUCUCCCUGAUUGGUGAUGCUUCCAUUUCCUGCACAGUGGAGAAUAAAACAAACGGUGUCUGGAGACCCAGCCCUCCGACUUGUAAAAGAGUCACCUGUACUCAGCCACAGGUUAAACAUGGAAAGAUCACCUUUGGAUUGGGACCCACCUAUACUUACAAAGACUCUAUUACUUUUGAGUGCAAUAAAGGUUUUGCCCUCAGAGGCAGAGAGACAAUUCAUUGUGGGGCUGAUAACAACUGGGAUCCUUCUCCUCCCACCUGUGAGAUCAAUGCUUGUACUAACUUACCAGAUAUCCCACACGCUUCCUGGGAAAAAUAUAACUAUCACCCACCAACAAAAGACCAACUGUAUGACGUUGGGACUGUGUUGAGGUACCGCUGUCAUCCUGGCUAUAAAACCGCUGGAAAUAAGCCUCUGACUGUGACUUGUCAGAAAAAUUUGGAGUGGACCCCAUAUGCAGAAUGUGAGGAGGUUUGUUGUCCAGUACCAGAGUUGAAGCAUGGCGAAAUCACUGCGCGAAGACCACCGAAAAAAGAAGUUGUAGCCAAUAAGUGUGAAUAUUUCUAUGGAGACUCAAUUUCCUAUUCAUGUGAUGAGAGACGCAAGUCUGAAGCUUCAUGCCAAGGAGAUGGCACCUGGAGUCCUGAAACACCAACAUGUGGAGAGAGUUGCUUUUAUCCUCCUGUCAUUGACCAUGGACGUCCUAAACUAACUACACACACAUUCACAGCAAAUAAGGCUAAUUAUGAAUGUGACAAAGGAUACAUUCUGGUUGGAAAUCCCACUAUCACCUGCAGUUAUUCACGCUGGUCUGGUCCACCUCCUCAAUGCAAAGCUCUGUGUCCAACACCAGAGAUAGAACAUGGAAAUCUGCUUGUGGGUAAGGAUCAGUUCCUUGAAAGUGAAAAUGUCACCAUCCAGUGUGACUCUGGCUAUGCUGUGGUCGGUCCUCAAAACAUCACCUGCUUAGAGGACAGAACCUGGUACCCAGAGGUGCCCAAGUGUGAGUGGGUGGUCCCUGCAGGCUGUGAGCAAGUGCUAGCUGGCAAAAAACUCAUGCAGUGUCUGCCUAACCCAGAGGAUGUGAAGAUGGCCCUGGAGCUAUAUAAAUUGUCUUUGGAAAUUGAACUCCUGGAAAUACAUAGAGACAAGGAGAAGAAAUCCAUUCUGGAGCCAUCACUCUGAUUUUUCCCAGAAGAGGCAGGGAAAGGUGCCCUGCUGCCUUCCAUUCAACAUGGGUCACUUUAGUUUAGCAACUCUGCCAUUCUUUUGCAUUCAAAUAAAUACC